AUGUAUUUCUACCCUUUCCAGUUUACCCUUCUGGUAGCAGUUGUGAUAAAUUUCUUUUCUCACGCUUUGCGAAAUUAUAAGAAGUUUAGAGUGAAACCAUAUAUACAAGUAUGGAGAAAGAGUAAAAAUCGUAGGUAUUUUAUUCAAAGGAGAAAUAAAAAGAGAGAGUAUUUUAGUGCAAAAAGAAAGAGGAAAUUUAAGGGAGCCUUUGAAUUAUACAAUGAACAUAUGAAUGAUUUGGGCGAUAUCCACGAGAACAAUGGUAACAACAAUGAUGAAAGCAACAAUGAUGAAAGCAACAAUGAUGACAAGGAUGAUAAUGAUGAAGAAGAUGAAAUUUCAUAUGAAGAAAUAGAAGAAUAUUUAAAAAAAAAUAAAAUAGAAGAUAAUUGUGAAAAUUCUGAUGGGAAAAAAGAAAUUAUAAAUUUAAUUAACUAUAUUCCAACUUUGAAAAAUCAAGAUGAUUUUUUUUCCAAAUUUGGAUAUUUUAGUAGUGAAAAUAAAUCGAUGGAAUAUUAUUUUAAUGAAAUGAAAAAUUUGAAAGAAAAAAAACAAAAGAAAAAUCACAAUAUUCUUAAUUUUAUCUUGUCUUAUUAUUUGAAAAAAAAAAAUACAAAUGAUACAAACUCCUCUUUGAAGAAUUACAAAAAUAUACACUCCUAUUACUACUAUCUAAACGAUGUUAUAAAUAAUCGAAUCUCCUCUUUUCCCGUUUCCAGUGCCGAACCGGCGAAAAAGGACAACAUAUUUUCGCGGAAGACCUUAUGCAACUUUAUUUCCUUGUACUUAAAAAAUGUAAACAUAAUAAAGUAUGUGUCCUUUUUUUGCGUUAGUGGAAUAAUAACACUUUCGUUAAAGGUGCUUAUAAGAAAUAUCAAGCUGGAGGAUAUUUUUCUUCUGAGGAAUCAUUUUAAUUUAAUAUAUUCAUUUAAAAAUAUGCAUGUUUGUAAAAUAGGGAUAUUUUCCUUAUUGUUGAAUUUAUUGUUUAUAAAAAGUUAUAAUCAAUACUUUUGUGUUACUGAAGAUUUGUUCGGAAUUUUAUUUACAAACUAUUUUUUCUAUGAAGGAAUAAGCAAUUUAAAUAAAAAAAAAAUGGAAGAAUUUAUGGACAAAUACAACUAUACUCUAGAUGAUGUUUUGAAUUCUUUAAAUGAUAUAUUUUCCCAUUAUAUAUACAAUCAAAUAUAUACAGUUGAAAAAAUGGAUCAGGAUGAUAUUGUUUUUACUCUUAACUCUUUUGUGUCUCUAUAUCAUAAAUUAUUUCGAAAUAAUAAUGAAAAUAUAAAAAAUAUUAUUACUCAUGUCAUAAAUAAAUAUAAUACAUAUUAUGUAGACAAGGAUGAAAAAAAAAAUGAAAUUCUUUCUCGUAUUUUUUACAUUUUCUAUUUGAUCAAUAUUAUGUUUAAAUAUAAAAUAGAUUCAGUGGAAAAGCUCAACCUUCACAGGGAAAACAAUCUCCAAAUUCCAUUUUUCGAAAAGAGUAACAAAAUUUCAAGUUAUUCUCUCUUAUGUCACAUCGCACAGCUUAUGGGGGUUAAAGAAAAAUUUAUCAAUGACAAGAUUCUAGAAAGGAUGAAAUCCAAUUACGAAUUUCACAUUAGAUCCAUUCUAAAUAAGAAGCAGUACUCAAAUAACAUCAUAGAUGAUGUGAAAAAAAUGAGUUUCAUAACUCUUGAUAAUUCUAUUUUGGAGCAAGUUCAUUUUGAUAUUUUUGUUAAUAUGAUUAAAAGUAUUAUUGAAGAUGAUAAUUACGAUCCCGUUUAUUUUAUUCCAUCGCAUAAAGAAAAUAAAAUUAAGUUGGCUCUGUCAAGAAAUCAUCAUAGCAAGAAAGAUAAAAAUGACAAAUUUGUAAAUGUUGUGGAUGUGGCAGAUGAAGGGCCCGCGUCGAACGAACAGUCUGUGGAGUAUAAUAAUUCAGAUAUAGGGAAGGAAGAAUUGUGUAGAAAUUCUGAGAAAGAUACAGAUUAUUACAUUUCUGAUGACUAUAGAAAUGAUGAUGAAAUCGAUGAAGAUGCUACUGAAAUGGAUGAGCAUAGUGAUAAUGAUAAUGUGUAUGAAGAGGAAAACGAUUCUAUAGUAGAAGAUUCAGAUGAUAAUAUGUAUAAAUAUCUGGAAAACAUUGUGGAAUAUAUCGUGAAUGAUGACUCGAGCAAAUCUGAAGGUAGUAGUGAAAACAAAAAAGACAAUAUUGCGGAGAGAGAAGAAAGGGAAAAUAAAGAAAAGGAAUUAUUUUUAAAAAAAUGGAAUGACAUAAAUUUUUUGAGAAAAUAUUUACAUAUUGACAAAAAUUACACUGAUAAGUAUUUAGAAAAAUAUUUGUAUGACUAUAUGUAUAAGGAAUAUAAAAUAUUAAUUAACAAUUUAGUUUUUAAAAAACUGAAAAAUAAAAAUGAUAAUUUGUUCUUUUUAAAAAGAGGUAUAUCCAUAUCCAAUCGUGCAACUGAAAAUAUUAUAAAAAAUAUUAUUCUCAAUUUUGUAAUUAAGACAAAGGAAAACAUUGCCAUAUUCUACAAGUUGGAAAAUAUGCAUAAAUGUUUAAGACUUAUAACCAAUUUAAUCAAUGUUUAUAAAAAAAUAAAAAAAAAAAAAAAAUUCUUAAAAAUUGUUAGUGAUGAAUUUUUCAACCUCGACGACCUAUUUUCGUGUAAUUAUUAUAAACCACUUGAGCUUACGUAUAAAGAGAAUUCCAUAUUACGAGAAGGUGAUAACUCAUCCAGUAAUCAGAAAGACAAACAAAUUAGUGAUAGAAGGGCUGGAGAACCAGACGGUCUACAUGAUGAAGUGGUAAAAGAUCACAUAGGAAAAACAGUGAAUGAGGAACAACUUAAUAAAGUAAUAGAUAAUGAUGUUGAUAUAGAUCAAUUUGAGGGACGUCACAUGGAUGGAAAACCUUUUGAAGAAGAUUUCUCCUCGCAGGGGCAAUCAGACGAAGAGGAAUUUCUAAGAAGAAUAAUUAACAAAGAUGAAUUGAGAGGGGAAGAGAAUGAAAAAGAUAUUAUACUUAGCGAAAUUGCUAGUAAAAGGUUGUACGAAGAAUUUGUAAUAAAGCAUAUGAAAAAUAAAUCAGAAAGGAAAAUAUUUAAAAUAAUUUUUAAUUUAAAUUAUGAUCAAGUGGACAGAGAAGUAGAAGAUAACAUUAUAGGAAGAUUUUUAGAAAAAAUAUGCACAAAAUGUUUAAAUAAUUUAACAGAAAUAGAUGAUAAUUUAAAAAUUAUAGGAAAAGAAAACUUGUUUGAUUAUAAAAAUGUUAAUUUUAAGGGUUUUAUAGAGAAGGAGAAAUUAAAACGUGGUUACAAAUAUGAAAAAAAUGAACCACAAGAAGGAGCUAUGAAUGCCAACAUUACCAUUCGAAAAGAAGACAUUUUUGAACACAUUGAUGAUGAAUCAUUUGAAGAAUUAUGUAAAAAAAUGUACAUUAAAAAAGUGAAAGAAGUUAAAAAAAAUUUGUACAAUAAGAGAAAAGAAUUGUACUUUUACGAAAUUAUACUUAAUAUAAAAAAUGCACAAGAAAUUCAUAACAUAUUCCUUAUUGAUGAGUAUGAAAAAAUGAUUAAUGACAUUAUAAAGACAAAUAUAUUGAAUAAGAAUUAUAAAAAUAUAAAAAAUUUAUAUUUAAAAAAAAUUAUUAAUUUUUUAAAUAUAACUGAUGAUAGGGCAUCUGAUGUUGAAAUACACUGUAUUUUUAAUCAAACCAAUGAAAUAUUUUCCGCUAUCAAAGAAAAUUUUUAUAUAUACAGAAAUGAUUCUGAUUUUAUCAAUAAUAUUAAUGAAAUAUUAACUAUUUAUAAAAAUUUUGAUCUCAUAUGGGAAAAGGGUCCAUACUAUUAUUACGUCAAAUUUGCUCUCAUAGAAUCAAAUUACAAUUUCAUCUAUCGAAUGAUUGAACGAUAUGUCCUUUAUGUUAUUGAUUUGAUUAAUAAUGAAAAUCGGACUCUCUACAAGGAAAAUAUUUUUAAACUGGUGGCAAUUUUUCACGUGAAUCACACAGUCAUAGAUGAAAUUGCCACACGUAUAUACAAGAAAUAUAUCGAAAACGAAGAUUUACAUGGAAUCAAUAAUAUGGAUUCCUUCUUUAGUUUCUUAUUUAACAUGAGCAAAGAAAGGCAGAGCGAAAUGGUUUUGGAUUUUUUAAAAAAGAAAGUAGAUACUCAUUUAACCUCCAGCGAAAGUUUCCAGGAAAAAUUCCACAAAAUGUACAAUUUGUUCACGUACAUAAACAACAACAUGAAUUUGAAAAUGAAUAUCUUUGACUUGUCUUCUGCGAGUACAGAUGGGGUAUAUUCUUUUCUAAAGACGUGCAUAGAUGAAUACCUGCAUGUGAAGAAAGCGGAAGUCUUCAUUUCAGAACAUCGUGAUUACAUAAAUCAGCUGAACAAUUUUUUAAGCAAAAUUAAGACGCUUAUAAAAGGGGAUCAAGAAAAUACACAUCUGAAUCACAUCUUGAACCUUUUGAAGAAAGAAACUAUUAGGAAAGCCAUCGACCUUUUGGACAAAUUUAAAUAUGACAUUUGCGUGGAAGAAAUUUACAACCUCAUUAAAUUGCAAAUGAUUGACAGUAACAUUAACUUCUCAGAUAUAGAUAUUGAGAAAAGGAAAAAACUGAUAAAUAUAUUUUCUUAUCAAAACAUUAGCGAUGAGAAGAAAUUUCUCUAUUUGGAUAUUUUGAACAAAUCCUUAUUGUGA